GUAAGAUGAAAAUUACGGAUGAGAACCACAAAAAGUUCUGCGCUAAGUUCUACAAAGCUUGCGUGAAGGAAAUUAUUGAUGACUACUCAUCGAACAUGAAAUUUGAUAAUGGUGCGAAUUAUAUUUCAUCGAAUUGUUCAAGUGGCUCUUAUGGAUGCGAAAAGAGGCAAACGUUCUCAUCACUGACAAUACUUCAAGAUAUUAUUUGAAAAAAGAAUUUCAUUGUGGAUAAAAUACCUAGAAAAAAAAUCCAUGAGUAUAUAAAUGGCAAACAUUUGUAUAUGCCUCUAUGUAAAGGCCAGAUAUAGUCAC